AGUCUCUGAGCCGCGGCCCCGCGCCGGAGGUGUGGAACCAACGCCCCACGGGUAGCGGCCAACUGGGGCCCCACACCUCUCCCAGCCCUGCUCCCUCGGCCCGGACCCCCGGGUGGUUGGGUGGGGAGGCCGCCGGGGAGUAGGCCCCCCCGCCCCCGCCCCGGCCGCGCCCUCGCGUCUUCACAGCGAUCCUUCCCUGCGCACCCCCUUGCCGGCUCCCCCUGGGGCCGAACAAUACGCGUACGGGCCGGGGGCGGGGGGGGUGGGGGCCGCUUCCCACGCCCGCCAGGCCGAGCCCGCGCCGGAGCCACCCGGAGCCGCCGCCGCACUUUGAUGCGCGGCACCCUCCCGGGACGCGCGGAGGAGCCAUCUUGAGACCAACUUCGCCAACUUUCGCAAAGUGCUCUCGAAGUGGAAGCUGCGGGUGAGGCCGGGCGCGCAGUCCCCACAGUCCCCGCCAGGACACCCGGGAGGCGGGACGCGGCCCGCCCGAGGGCCGGGCGCCCGGCGCGCGGGAGCCGCUCCCCGGCCGCGCCGGGUGGAUGCGGAGGCGCGGCGGGUGCGUGGAUUGUGUUUGGGUGCCCGGCGGGCUCGGGUUCCGGGCCAUGGCGCCGCUGCCGCCGCCGCCGCCCCCCGUGCUGCCCGUGCUGCUGCGCCUGGCCGCCGCCGCCGCCGCCCGAGACGCGGCCGCCCUGCCGGCGCUGGGGCUGCGAGCCGCCGCCUGGGAGCUGCGAGUCCCUGGCGGGGCCCGCGCCUUCACCCUCGGGUCCGGUCGUACCUACGCGGUGGGCGCCACGCAAAUGCCCCGGGAGCUGUUGGACGGAGGCCGCGAGGGACGGCUGGCAGGACGCGGCGCGUCUCGGCGCCGGCCCCGGAGCUGCAUGCACCUGGCCGGGCGCCCGCUGCUGCUGCAAGUCCGUUUGGAGGCCCGCGGUGCCCCGACGGCGCUGAGCCUCCGCCUGCGGGUGCGCGCGCACCAUCCCGGCUGCCGAGCCCGUGUCCGGCGCGCGCGGGCUGUGCUCCCAGGGCCUGGGCUCUACCCGGCGCUCUGCUUCCGGGUGCCCGGUGGCGGCGCGGCCGCGCACCGUUCAGUGCUCGCAGCUCCGACCACCGUCCCCGCCUGCAGCUGCCCACCGCGUCCCGGGCCCUGCUGUCCCGGCCGCCCCAUCUGUCUGCGUCUGCUGUGCGCCCUGCGAUGCGCGGCUGGCGCCUUCCGGGUGGGGCUGGCACUGGAGGCCGCCGUCUCGGGGACACCCUUCGUGUCGCCAUCGCCAUCGCCGCCGCCGAACUUGCCCCAAACCCGGGCGGGGCCGGUGCGACGGUCCCGGCGGGGCACGAGCGACAGAGGGAGGCUGAAGUUCCCGAUGCCCAACUACCAGGUGCCGUUGUUUGAGAACGAGCUGGCGGGCACCCCCCUCCUCCAGCUUCACGCGCACUACACCAUCGAGGGCGAGGAGGAGCACGUGAGCUAUUACAUGGAGGGGCUGUUCGACGAGCGCUCCCGCGGCUACUUCCGCAUCGGCUCCGCCAUGGGCGCGGUGAGCACUGCCGGCGAGCUGGACCGCGAGACCAAGGAGACGCACCUGCUCAGGGUAAAAGCUGUGGACUACAGCACGCCGCCGCGCUAGGCCACCACCUGCAUCACUGUAUUGGUCAAAGACACCAACCACCGCAGCCCGGUCUUGGGGCAGUCGGAGUACCACGAGCGCGUGCGGGAGAAUCUCGAGGUGGGCUACAAGGUGCUGACCAUCCGCGCCAGCGACGAUGACUCGCCCGUCAACGCCAACAUGCGCUACCGCAUGCUGGGGGGCGCGUGCGACGUCUUCCAGCUGAACGCGAGCUCCUGCGUGGUGAGCAUGCGCGCGGUGCGUGACCGGGAGGAGACGGCGGAGUACCAGCUGCUGGUGGAGGCCAGCGACCAGGGCCGCAACCCAGGCCCGCUCAGCGCCACGGCCACCGUGGCUGAGGUGGAGGACGAGAAUGACAACUACCCCCAGUUCAGCGAGCAGAACUACGUGGUCCAGGUGCCUGAGGACGUGGUUCUCAACACGGCUGUGCUUCGCGUGCAGGCCUCGUACCGGGACCAGGGCCAGAACGCGGCCAUUCACUACAGCCUCCUCAGCGGGCACAUGGCCUGGCAGUUCUACCUGCACUCACUGAGCGGGAUCCUGGAUGACAUCAACCCCCUGGAUUUCGAGGAUGUCCAGAAGUACUCGCUGAGCAUUAAAGCCCAGGAUGGGGGCCGGCCGCCGCUCAUCAAUUCCUCCGGGGUGUGUCCUGUGCAGGUGCUGGAUGUCAGUGACAACGAGCCCAUCUUUGUGAACAGCCCCUUCCAGGCCAUGGUGCUGGAGAACGUGCCCCUGGGCUACUCCGUGGUGCACAUUCAGACGGUGGACGCGGACUCUGAGGAGAACGCCCGGCUGCACUAUCGCCUGGUGGACGUGGCCUCUGCCUUUCUGGGGGGCGGCAGCGCUGGGCCUAAGAACCCUGUCCCGGCCCCGGACUUCCCCUUCGAAAUCCACAACAGCUCCGGUUGGAUCACUUUGUGUGCCGAGCUGGACCGUGAGGAGGUGGAGCAUUACAGCUUUGGGGUGGAGGCGGUGGACCACGGCUCCCCGAUGAGCUCCUCCACCAGCGUCUCCAUCACAGUGCUGGACGUGAACGACAAUGACCCGGUGUUCACUCAGCCUACCUACCAGCUGCGUCUGAAGGAGGAUGCACCCGUGGGGAGCAGCGUGCUGACCCUGCAGGCCUGCGACCGCAACGCCAACGGUGUGAUCACCUAUCAGCUCACGGACGGCAACACCCGGAACCGGUUUGCGCUCAGCAGCCAGAAGGGAGGCAGCCUCAUCACCCUGGCGCUAUCUCUGGACUACAGGCAGGAGCAGCAGUACCUGCUGGCGGUGACAGCGUCGGACGGCACACCGCACACCGCGCCUGUCCUCAUCAAUGUCACCGACGUCAACACCCACCGGCCGGUCUUUCAGAGCUCCCAUUACACGGUGAGCGUCAGUGAUGACAGGCCUGUUGGCACCUCCAUUGCUACCCACAGUGCCAACGACGAGGACACAGGAGAGAAUGCCCGCAUCACCUACGUGAUUCAGGACCCAGUGCCGCAGUUCCGCAUUGACCCUGACAGUGACACCAUGUACCCCAUGAUGGAGCUGGACUGUGAGCACCAGGUCGCCUACACGCUGACCAUCAUGGCCCUGGACAAAGGCAUCUCGCAGAAGUCGGACACCACCACCCUGGAGAUCCUCAUCCUCGAUGCCAACGACAAUGCGCCCCAGUUCCUGUGGGAUUUCUACCAGGGUUCCAUCUUUGAGGAUGCUCCACCCUCAGCCAGCAUCCUCCAGGUCUCUGCCACGGACCGGGACUCGGGUCCCAAUGGGCGUUUGCUGUACACCUUCCAGGGUGGGGACGACGGCGAUAGGGACUUCUUCAUAGAGCCCACGUCCGGUGUCAUCGACACCCAGCGCCGGCUGGACCGGGAGAACGUGGCCGUGUACAACCUUUGGGCUGUGGCUGUGGAUCACGGCAGCCCCACUGCCCUUAGCGCCUCGGUGGAAAUCCAGGUGACCAUCUUGGACAUUAAUGGCAAUGCCCCCAUGUUUGAGAAGGACGAGCUGGAGCUGUUUGUAAAGGAGAACAACCCAGGGGGGUCGGUGGUGGCAAAGAUCCGUGCUCAGGACCCUGACGAAGGCCCCAAUGCCCAGAUCAUGUAUCAGAUUAUGGAGGGUGACAUGCGGCAUUUCUUCCAGCUGGACCUGCUGAACGGGGACCUGCGUGCCCUGGUGGAGCUGGACUUUGAGGUCCGGCGGGAGUACGUGCUGGUGGUGCAGGCCACAUCGGCCCCGCUGGUGAGCCAAGCCAAGGUGUGCAUUCUUCUCGUGGACCAGAAUGACAACCCUCCGGUACUGCCCAACUUCCAGAUCCUCUUCAACAACUCUGUCACCAACAAGUCGAACAGCUUCCCCACCGGCGUGAUCGGCUGCAUCCCAGCCCAUGACCCCGACCUGUCGGACAGCCUCAACUACACCUUCCUUCCUGGCAACGAACUGCACCUGUUGCUACUGGACCCCACCGUGGGCGAGCUGCAGCUCAGCCAGGACCUGGACAACAAGCGGCCACUGGAGGCGCUCAUCCCCGAGGUGUCUGUGUCUGACGGCAUCCACAGCAUCACGGCCCUCUGCACCCUGCGUGUCACCAUCAUCAUGGACAACAUGCUGACCAACAGCAUCACCGUCCGCCUGGAAAACAUGUCCCAGGAGAAGUUCCUGUCCCCACUGUUAGCCCUGUUCGUGGAGGAGGUGGCCGCGGUGCUGUCCACCAGCAAGGAGGACAUCUUCAUCUUCAACGUCCAGAAUGACACCGACGUCAGCGCCAACAUCCUGAACGUGGCCUUCUUGGCGCUGCUGCCCGGCGGCGUCCACAGCCAGUUCUUCCCGUCUGAGGACCUGCAGGAGCAGAUCUACCGGACGCUGCUGACCACCAUCUCCACGCAGUGCGUGCUGCCCUUCGACGACAACAUCUGCCUGCGAGAGCCCUGCGAGAACUACAUGAAGUGCAUCUCCGUGCUGCGCUUCGACAGCUCCGCGCCCUUCCUCAGCUCCACCACCGUGCUCUUCCGGCCCAUCCACCCCAUCAACGGCCUGCGUUGCCGGUGCCCACCCGGCUUCACCGGGGACUACUGCGAGACAGAGGUCGACCUCUGCUACUCCAACCCAUGCGGCACCCACGGCCACUGCUGCAGCCGCGAGGGCGGCUACACCUGCGAGUGCUUCGAGGACUUUACGGGAGAACACUGUGAGGUGGAUGCCCGCUCAGGCCGCUGUGCCAACAGGGUGUGCAAGAACAGGGGCACCUGUGUGAACCUGCUCAUAGGCUUCCACUGCGUGUGCCCCCCCGGCGAGUACGAGAGGCCCUACUGCAAGGUCACCACCAGGAGCUUCCCACCCCGGUCCUUUAUCACCUUCCGGGGCCUGAGACAGCGCUUCCACUUCACCGUCUCCCUCACGUUUGCCACCCAGGAAAGGAAUGGCCUGCUGCUCUACAAUGGCCGCUUCAAUGAGAAACACGACUUCAUUGCCCUGGAGGUUGUGGACGAGCAGGUGCAGCACCUCUGCAGACUCGACCUUCCGUGCCCCAGAGGCUGGUGGGGGAACCCCGUCUGUGGACCCUGCUACUGUGCUGUCAGCAAAGGCUUCGAUCCCAACUGUAAUAAGACCAAUGGCCGGUGCCAGUGCAAGGAGAAUUACUACCAGGCCCCAGCCCAGGACGCCUGCCUACCCUGUGACUGCUUCCCCCAUGGCUCCCACAGCCGUGCUUGCGACAUGACCACUGGGCAGUGUGCCUGCAAGCCUGGUGUCAUCGGCCGCCAGUGCAACCGCUGUGACAACCCGUUCGCCGAGGUCACCACACUCGGCUGCGAAGUGACCUUCAACGGCUGUCCCAAAGUGUUCGAGGCCAGCAUUUGGUGGCCACAGACCAAGUUCGGGCAGCCGGCUGCAGUGCCAUGCCCCAAGGGGUCCGUCGGAAAUGCAGUUCGACGCUGGCUGCCCCCAGAGCUCUUCAACUGCACCACCGUCUCCUUCGUGGACCUCAGGACCGUGGUAGGGGCGCCUCAGGGAUGCAUGCUCAGCAGGGGCGCAUGUGUGCUCGUGUAUGCAGGAGAGUUUGCGUGGGCCAGGGCUCCUGGGCUGGGGAGUGUUGGGACAGCUGGGAUGACUCAGGGAUGGCCCCAUGGGCUCCUGAAACUUGCACCAGACGCUGAGAUCCAGGUGGACGGCGCCGGGGCCCUGCGGCUGGUGAGGGCGCUGUGCAACGCCAUGUGGCACACGGCCACACUCUCCAGCACUGACGUGCGCACGGCCUACCAGCUGCUGGGCCGCAUCCUGCAGCACGAGAGCCGGCAGCAGGGAUUCGACCUGGCGGCCACACAGGAUGUUGACUUCCACGAGGACAUCAUCUACUCGGGCAGCGCCCUCCUGGCCCCGGCCACCAGCACAGCGUGGGAGCAGAUCCAGUGGAGCGAGGGUGGCACGGCACAGCUGCUCCAGCACCUUGAGGGCUACUUCAGCAACGUGGCACGCAACGUGCGGCGGACGUACCUGCGGCCCUUCGUCAUUGUCACCACCAACAUGAUUCUUGCUGUCAACAUCUUUGACAAGUUGAACUUCAGGGGAGCCACAGUGCCAUGGUUCGACGCCAUUCAGGAAGAGUUCCCCAGGGAGCUGCAGUCCUCUGUCUCCUUCCCAGCUGACUUCUUCAAACCACCUGAAGAAAAAGAAGGCCUUCUGGGGAGACCGGCCGGCCGGAGGACCACCCCUCAGACCACGUGACUGGGACCGGGCACCGAGAGGGAGGCUCCAAUCAGCAGGCGGAGGCGACACCCUGAUGAUGCUGGCCAGUUCGCCGUCGCUCUGGUCAUCAUUUACCGCACCCUGGGGCAGUUCCUGCCUGAGCACUAUGACCCAGACCACCGAAGCCUUUGGCUGCCUCACCGGCCCAUCAUUAAUACCCCGAUGGUGAGCACGCUAAUGUACAGUGAGGGGGCUCCGCUCCCAAGACCCCUGGAGAGGCCUGUCCUGGUGGAGUUUGCCCUGCUGGAGACGGAGGAGCGAACCAAGCCCGUCUGUGUGUUCUGGAACCACUCCCUGGUCGUCAGUGGGACCGGAGGGCGGUCUGCCCGGGGAUGCGAGCUCCUGUCCAGAAACUGGACGCACGUCACGUGCCAGUGCAGCCACACAGCCAGCUUCGCGGUGCUCAUGGACGUCUCCAGGCGUGAGGUGGGCAUCCUCCUGUGGCCACUGUGCCCGCCAAGCCUACCCCCAAGUCUGCCCCCUCCUCAAACAAAAUCUUCCACUGCAAGUGCUUUGAACAAAGCACAUCAACCAGUUAAAAAACAUUCCAGGACUGGCCAGAGUCCAUGAGGAUUUCCAUAAUAAAGCCCCGUGACAAGGGUUUUCAGAGCCCUGCUUAUGCUUUAUACCCUGGGAUGACAGACCCAAAGCUCUCAGAGGAGCUCCCCAAUCUGCCCCUCACUUCAGAGUGGGUCUGCUGGAAGGUGCCGCUGUCCAAUUGCUUUAAUUGUAAGGGAGGUGACAGCUGCUGGGCACAGUGGGUGCGCUCCCUCGGGGCCACACGCAGGGCCACAGGACAAAAGGCGGGGUGGCUAAUGUUUAGCCUCUGGCAUUUUAAGCGGCCUGGGAAUGUGAGCCGGCUAUUGUGGGCCUGCAGAUGAAUUGGGGAGUGGCCUGGGUGCUGUCCUGGCCUCCCAUUACCGGGACAGGAAGUAGGUGGGAGCCAGCCUGGGCACGGCCUGUGGGGGACUCGGUGUCUAGGAGGCAGAACCAGAGUCCUGGGUGGCCUCCCCAGCCCCUCCCCAGGGCCAUGCUGUGGCUCAGGCACCCAGACCACCAUCCUUCCUGAGGGCUUUCUGAUGUGAAGUGCCCCUGGUUUCUGUCACAUUCUUGGAAGGGUGAGUCAGUCCUGAGGCAGGGCUGGAGGGGGGCUGUGGCUUUCUGUGCACUGUGCAUGAGAAGCUGCCCUGCCUGUGCCCCCAUCUCACAGGCAGAAGGCACUCCCCAGCAGGACCCAGCCUGGAGAAGGAGUCAGUGGUUAGUGACUUGGUUCAUAUAAGGGCGGGGUUGGAGGUGUUCUCAUGGCCAGGAUGCCAGGUGACAUGGAAGCUGAAAUUGAGGCAGAAGAAAGGAGGCUGGAGUGGGAGUCUGAGGCUCCCGUGGUCCGGGUGCCCCAAAGCCAGAAUCUCUGAACAGUCCCCGAGCCAGUGGAGGGACCUGGGGUGUUACUGCAGGCCCCAGGGACACCCAGGGCCCACAGCAUUGAAGGAGCCACAGGAGGGGCAGUUCCAGGCCCAGGGCCAUGAGCACUCGGCCUCCCCGGCCCAGCCUGAUCUUGGCUUCCCGGCUCAGUCCCAUGUGGUAAACAACCCCUUCCAGAAGAUACCAGAGAACCAGAGCUUGUGAAUGCAGAAACGCCCGAGGGGCCAGGGCCCAGGGGCCUGGGGCCUGGACAGGUGUCCUGGUUUGUAAAAGCACAGAAAACACAGCAGCAUGAGCACACGCUGCUGGGCUGCACACUUCAAAGCGCCCAAGAGGGCAUGUUUUAUGCCUUGUAUAUUUUACCACAAUUUUUCUUUUCUUUUUUUUUUUUUUUCCUUGAGAUGGGAGUUUUGCUCUUGUCACUAAGGCUGGAGUGCAGUGGCACAACCUCAGGUCACUGCAACCUCCAUCUCCUGGAUUCAAGUGAUUCACCUGCCUCAGCCUCCAAAGUAGCUGGGAUCACAGGCUCCCACCACCAUACCUGGCUAAUUGUUGUAUUUUUGUAGAGAUGGGUUUCACCAUGUUGGCCAGGCAGGUCCCGAACUCCUGACCUCAGGUGAUCCACCUGCCUAGGCCUCUGAAAGUGCUGGGAUUACAGGUGUGAGCCACCAUGCCCAGCCUUUAUUAUAAAACAUGUUCAAUGCCCAUAAGAAAUGCAUAAUAAGGUUGGCUGUGGUGGCUCGAAGCUGUAAUCCCAGCACUUUGGGAGGCUGAGGCAGGCAGAUCACUUGAGCUCACAAGUUUAAGACCAGCCUGAGAAACAUAGUAAAACACUGGCUCUACCAAAAAAUACAGAAUCUAGCCGGGCAUGGUGAUGCGUGCCUGUAGUCCCAGCUACUUGGCAGGCUAAGGUAGGAGGAUGGCUUGAGCCCAGGAGGCAGAGGCUGCAGUGAGCUGAGAUCGUGCCUCUACACUCCAGCCUGGGCAACAGAGCCAGACCCUGUCUAAAAAAUAAAUAAAUAAAAAUAAAAAAGUAUAGUAAGAGAUCUGGAAAUUUGAAAAGUAAGUUCAUAUAAUGAGCUGUGAUAGAGACAUGUGGAGUGGGCAUAGGACAUCUGUGUGCUGGUGGUAAUGAUAGAACACGUCAUAGUGAGGGUGAAGCAGGAACAACAGGAUGGGUGAGGAGGGUACAGAUGCCCGUUGCCAUGGCAAUUGAAGCAUCAAGCCUGCCAGUCCACAUAACUGAAACCUGAAGCUCCACUCAUGCUCAGCGAGUUGUUUAGCUUUUCUUCUUUUUAUGUGAUGGAGUUUUGCUCUUGUUGCCCAGGCUGGAGUGCAGUGGAGUGAUCUCAACUCACUGCAACUUCCCCCUCUCAGGUUCAAGCGAUUCUCCUGCCUCAGCCUCCCACGUAGCUGGGAUCUUAAGCGUGCACCACCACAUCUGGCUAGUUUUGUAUUUUUAGUAGAGACAGGGUUUCUCCACGUUGGUCAGGCUGGUCUCGAAGUCCCGACCUCAGGUGAUCCACCAGCCUUGACCUCCCAAAGUGCUGGGAUUACAAGCAUGAGCCAUUGCACCCAGCCUGUUUAGCUUCUUUAAGCAUUGCUUUUCUCACCUGGAAGGAAGAUGAGGGUCACAUCUGCACUCUCCUCAGAGCUGUGAUCUAAGGAUGAUGUGGAACGUGCUCUCGUCGGGUCUGUGAGAAUGCCUGCUGCUUAAUAAGUGCUCAGUAAAAGGUUUUGCUGAACAAAGGAAAUUACAUUCAUGUCGUAUUACCACAAGUACUCCUUUUCUUUGUAAAGUGAGGGUAAGUCUUUCAGCCAAAAGCAUAAGUCCAUGAUACAAUUACGAGGAAGUCCAAGAGGUAUUGCAUGCACCUGUGGAGGAGACACGUUUACCUUCCCCAUACGCAGGAAUUGCCUGUGGGGUUUUUAGUUGUUUUUUUUUUUUUUUUUUUUUGAGAUGGAGCCUCCUUCUGUUGCCCAGACUGGAGUGUAGUGGCGUCAUCUUGGUUCAAUGCAAGCUCUCUGCUUCCUGGGUUCGAGGGAUUCUCCUGCCUCAUCCUCUUGGGUAGCUCGGAUUACAGGCCCGCCACCACACCCAGCUAACUUUUGUAUUUUUAGUGGAGACGGGAUUUCACCAUGUUGGCCAGGCUGGUCUCGAACUCCUGACCUCAGGUGAUCCGCCUGCCUUAGCAGUCCCGUGCAAGCACCCUGGCUGGCGUCAUCCUCGCCACCACCACCUCUGAUUCACAGAUGCCCAAGAGGAAACUGCCAGGUCACAGGCUGUGGGUGGAGGCAUGGUAUUCACCAGCAGGUCCAAGCACUUCACCACCCUCUUUAUUGGGAGAUGGGGGGGGCCUUUCUUUUUUUCUUUUGACAUGGAGUCUCUGUCACCCAGGCUGGAGUGUAGUGGCAUGAUCUUGGCUCGCUGCAACCUCUGCCUGCCAGUUUCAAGCGAUUCUCCUGCCUCAGCCUCCCUAGUAGCUGGGAUUACAGGCAUGCACCACCAUGCGUGGUUAAUUUCUGUAUUUUUCAUAGAGAUGUGGUUUCACCAUGUUGGCCAGGAUUACCUCAAACUCCUGACCUCAGGUGAUCCACCUGCCCUCUCAAAGUGCUGGGAUUACCGGUGUGAGCCACCAGGCCCAGCCGGGGCCCUUUUCUGAAAUUACGUAUGGGGAGAGUUGACCCACAUUGGAUCUUUAGCUGCUGAAUUCACAGUGACUUUGGGUGCAUUUAACCCUUUACCUCAGUCACCAUUCACACUGUCAGUAGCUGUACAAUGAAUGAGCACCUACUGUGAGCCUGGGGCUGGGAACAUAGUGAGGAAUGGAACAAGCAGUCUGGGUCCCCACCUUCCUGGAGCUGGUGAUCCCACAGCUAAGCAUCCCUGAGGGGUGUUCCCCAGCUGGGGUGACAGCAGAGGCUGCCCUGGAAAGUGGCUGAGAUGGAAAGCUGGAGAGAGGUCCUCCAGUCAGCGGUCUAGGGAGGUGCAGAGACCAGAGCACACCCAGGGGGUGGCAGCAUCCAGUGAGGAGAGCUGAGAACCCUGGCUGGCACAGCCCGGCCGCUGGCGUGGAGCCCAGUGAGGCACCAGUGGCCAUGGCUGGAAAAUCUAGUCUGUGUCCCUGUACUGAGGGUACUAGUCCUGACAGCCCUGUGACUUCACCCUGCCAGUGAGCUCAAGAUAGGACCUCGGGCUCACACCUGUGAUCCCAGCACUUUGGGAGUCCGAGGUGGGUGGAUCACAAGGUCAGGAGAUCAAGAUCAUCCUGUCUCUACUAAAAUACAAGAAAAUUAGCCUGGCAUGGUGGCAUGUACCUAUAGUCCCAGCUACUGAGGAGGCUGAAGCAGGGAAAUUGCUUGAACCCGGGCAGCAGAGGUUGCAGUGAGCUGAGACCAUGCCACUGCACUUGAGCUUGGUGGCAGAGCAAGACUCUGUCUCAAAAAAAAAAAAACAACAUAGGCCCUUGUUCAUGACAGAGCUUAGAAGGUAAAGUGGGGUCAGAGUCAGCCUGUGUGUGGAGCUUACAAGAGGCCUAAAGGUUGAGAAUGAUGAGAAGGGAGAUGACAGAUAAGUACCAGCCGGAGUGAGCCUGGGGCUCUAUACCAUGAGCAGACUAACUCGGCUUGAGGAGGAACAGUGAUAUUUAGAGACAGUGCUGCUAUAAAAAGGUCCAUUCACUGGGAAGAUAUAAACUUAAAUUUUUUUUUUUUUUUUCUUUUGAGAUGGAGUUUGGCUCUUGUUACCCAGGCUGGAGUGCAAUGGCGCGAUCUCGGCUCACCGCAACCUCCGCCUCCUGGGCUCAGGCUCCUGCCUCAGCCUCCUGAGUAUCUGGGAUUACAGGCACGCGCCACCACGCCCAGCUAAUUUUGUAUUUUUAAUAGAGAUGGGGUUUUGCCAUGUUGGUCGGGGUAGUCUCAAUCUCCCAACCUAAGGUGAUCCCCGCCUUGGCCUCCCAAAGUGCUGGAAUUACGGGUGUGAGCCACCUCGCCUGGCCAAAAAAUAGCAUCUCAUGCUGUCUGCUUGAGUUAUCUGGAGAUGGAAGUUAAGUGAAAGGUGCUCCCACCAAGGCCAUUCUCCCUCCAACAGGGUGUCUCACUCAGUGGACACAAUGAGCAGAUAGCACCUAAAUCCCACUGACAAAUUAGGUGAUAACAAAUAUUUGCUUCGAGCUUGUCACACUAUGCUCUUCUAAACAUGGUUCGAAAGGAAAGGCAGUGAGAAAGCCUUGGAAUUUUAUCAUUUACUACAAGAAAGGGAGAGAAUACUUUUUUCUUUCAAAAAUAUCUGUGUGGGUGGCAGUCAUUCAUUCAUUCAUUCAUUUAUUUAUGUAAGUUUCACUUGUCACCCAGGCUGGAGUGCAAUGUUCACUGCCACCUCUGCCUCCCGGGCUCAAGCAAUUCUCUUGCCUCAGCCUCCUGAGUAGCUGGAAUUACAGGCAUCUGCCACGCCUGGCUAAUUUACAUUUCUAGCAGAGAAGGGGUUUAACAAUGUUGGCCACCAGGCUGGUCAUAAACUUUUGAUCUCAGAUUAUCCACCUGCCUCAGCUUCCCAAAGUGCUGGGAUUACAGGCCUGAGCCACUGCCCCCCAUCAGAUUUUUAAAACUAUUCUGUGUCAAUGGUGCAGAUGAACUACCCUUGUGCCCAGGAGAAAGCAGUAGGGCAUUUGAACCUCAGGCCACCGAAGCCGACCCCUGAAACGUGAGCCAUGGUGAGAAAUAAGCACAGAGGCAAAGCCCCUUGCCCGGUGUCACAGGAAGUGGUGAAGCUGGAACCUGACCUAGAAGUGUCUGAUGUAUACAAGCAUGGACCGACUCUAUACCCUGAAACUCCGUUAUUGAAGGGAAAGAGAAGCACACAAAGCUCUCCAGUGCCCGGUCUCAGCAGCUCUCCCGUCAUUUCCUCCUCCCUGCCUGGGGGCUGAAAGGGCACCUGCUCAGAGGCUGCACAGGUUUCUGUUGGAGGCCUGAAUGGUGUCCUGUGUAGCAGCACAAGGUUUCCCUAGCAACCCCACCAGCCAAACGCACGCAUUCCAGAGAAUGCCACAGCCUUCUCCAAGGAAAGCCUCUUCCCUGCAACCAAUCGGGCAUCUGCCUUCAUUGCCCUCCUACUCCCCGCACCUAGCAAGGGGCUGGUUUACGCUCAGGCUCCGUUGAAAGGAUGAAUGAACAAAAGCUUUGUCAGUCCUAUGAAGAGCUUCCAAUCCCCACUGGGCGUCCGCAGCACCGGGCUGCCCCUCCAUAGAGCAGGUGUGUUGUUCACUAAGUAGGAAAGAUCCCGCGUGUUAGGGCCUGGGCCCAUUUUGUGCCUCUAUCCCUAACGCAGCUCAGCAUGCUGCACUUAGUAGGUGCUCAGAACUGAAAUGAACCAGGGUUUCUUUUUAUCCCAGAGUUUUGCUCUCAUUGCUCAGGCUGGAGUUUAAUGGCACAAUCUUGGCUCACUGCAAUUCUGCCUCAGCCUCCCAGUACCUGGGAUGACAGGCACGUGCCGCCACCACGUCCAGCUUUUUUUUUUUUUAGACCAAGUCUCGCUCUGUGGCCAGGCUGGAGUAGUGGCAUGAUCUUGGUUCACUGCAACCUCCAACUCCCUGGUUAGACUGAUUCUCCUGCCUCAGCCUCCUGAGUAGCUGGGAUUACAGGCACACACCACACCCAGCUAAUGUUUGUAUUUUUAAUAGAGACAGGGUUUCACCAUGUCGGCCAGGAUGGUCUCAAACUCCUGACCUCAGGUGAUCCACCUUUCUAGGCCUCCCAAGGUGCUGGGAUUAUAGGCGUGAGCCACCGUGCCAGCCUUAAACCAAGGUUUCUAAGAUGCUCUCAGCCUCCUCAGAUCUGGCCCAGCCCACCUUUCCACCUUACCUUUUCUGCACAACUGCCCACAGCUAGCCCAGCCUACACAACAGCCAGUCUGGCUCCCCCACAAUGCAGAGCCGGCA